AUGGAUGGUCGUCCACCAAAGCGCCAGCGCAGGGCUGUCCAGGACAAGGAGCAAUCGAAAACCUCCAGCUCUGUUGAUACUGAACCUCAAUCUCCGCCUCAACCCGAACCUGUCACCCUCUCGUCGCGUCCCAAGACAACGCGCUCACGCGCCGCCGCCUCCGCAACCCGAGCUCCUUCAGCCUCACCCACGAAAUCGAAACCAAAAUCCCUCCACGGCUUCUUCUCGGCAGCUUCAGAAGGCCAAAGAUGGUCUGCGCAGAAGUUCGAGGCCAAGCGCCCCGCCUCCCGGGCCGCGACACCGACGACAACGUUUGACGUUAAUGAUAUCGAAGAUGACAUUGAAGAUGAUUAUGGGUCCUACGAUGAGAUAUUCUCACAAGUCGACGUCAGUUCGACUGCAGAUCAAAAGCCUCCUCCCCAGAAACCGAGUCGAACCCUUUCAAAACGUACGACGACUACACGGCCGAAGAGUCAACCGUCCAAACGAUUCCUUAUGUCCCCCGCCUCAAAUGGUAGCGCAAACAAACAACCCAAGACCCCAGCCUCCACCCCCAUUCACGAAGAUACUCGCCCUUGGGCACAGCGAUUUGGACCUGUUGGCUUAGACGAACUGGCCGUUCACAAGCGAAAGGUCUCCGACGUACAACAGUGGUUGGACGAUGUAUUUGAAGGAAGAAGGAAAGAGAAACUAUUGGUCCUACGAGGUCCGGCGGGUUGUGGCAAGACAACAACCAUCUCCCUCCUCUCCGAAGCAUUGGGCUACGAUAUUAUUGAAUGGAGGAAUCCACCGGUUCCAGAACAUACAUCCCGCGACUACGUCUCGUCUAGUGCACAAUUCGAAGAAUUCCUUGGAAGAGGUGAUCGAUUUGGGGGACUCGAUUUACAAGACUCGGCUUCGACCUCGGUCUCGGCGGACUCCAAGAAAACGAAUAAUGAUACAACCACACCCUCACGAAACCGCCGUGUCCUCCUCGUUGAAGAAUUCCCAACUGUGUUAAAUCGAAACUCAUCCAGCUUAGCCGCAUUUCGAACUUCCCUACAACGAUACCUUGCAGCAUCAGCCUCGGACGAUCAAUCAUCCUGGAGUGGAUGGAUGCACCCGCCCAUCGUGAUGGUCGUAUCCGAGACGAUGUUGACUUCCGCAUCGUCAAUUUCAGACAAUUUGACUGUUCACCGGUUACUUGGCCCGACACUGUAUAAUCAUCCCGGUACGACGAUCAUCGACUUUAACAGUAUUGCUGCUACAUUCAUGCAGAAGGCGCUGCGAACGGUUUUGGAAAAGGAGGCGAGCAUUUCUAAGCGGAUCAGAAUUCCUGGACCCGCUGCUUUGACUAGGAUCGCUGAGAUUGGCGAUAUUCGCAGUGCGAUAUCUUCUCUCGAAUUUCUGUGUUUGAAGGGUGAUACAGCGGGUUCAGCUUCAGGUUCAGCCGCCGGUACAUGGGGAGGGCGUCUCACGAAAAAGAAAUCCCGGGCCGAUGCAGAUAAAGCCCUCACGCCUAUGGAGCAGGAAUCUCUCGAAUUGAUCUCGCAGCGAGAGGCGAGUCUGGGGAUGUUCCAUGCCGUGGGCAAAAUUGUUUAUAACAAACGAUUAGAUCCCAGUCUUGUGUCUAGUGAUUCUGUCAUUCUCCCACCACCACCGGAUCAUUUGGUUCAGCACCGCCGACCAAAAGUCUCGCAAGUUGCUGUCGACGAACUCGUCGAUGAAACAGGCACCGAUAUCUCCACUUUCACCAGCGCUUUGCAUGAGAAUUACCCGCCAUCCUGUGACGGCCCUAAUUUCGUCGACUCCCUCAACGCAUGUAUUGAAGCGUUAUCUGAUAGUGAUAUUCUCGGCGCAGAUCGCAGAUCGACGCUCAGAACACGCGGGGGCCUUGGCAUGGGGGCUAAUUUGAAUGCCGGUGGGGUGGACAUGCUAAGGCAAGAUGAGAUUAGUUUCCAAGUUGCCUCGCGGGGAUUAUUAUUCGCACUUCCGUAUCCCGUGAAACGGAAACUCACACCCACAGCUGGACAGGGUCGUCCGGGCGAUGCUUACAAGAUGCUAUACCCUUCUUCACUACGGCUUUGGCGCAAAACGGAGGAGAUUGAUGGGUUGGUUGAUGCCUGGAUGCAACAUCUCCUCGACCCGACCAGCAAUAGCAGCAGCAAUUUCCAGUUUUCAUCCCGGCACGAUGGCAGCGGAUCUGCGACCGGGGAGAUGUCUGGCGUUAGUGCUUGGAGGAAUCGUCGAUUGGGAUAUCCGGAUGAUCAUCCGGAGAGGACGGUGAUGACAACAAUGAUGCGGCGCCAUGAUGUUCUGCUGGAUCAAUUGCCGUACAUGGCAAUGAUUAAAAGGGACGAAAGUGAUGCUUGGCAACUUCGACAGAUUACUAGUAUUCGAGGGAGUCGUUUGGAUGGGGAUGAAGGGGAGGACGAGGAGGAGGAUUUGGUGCCUUUGAAGAAGUCGAAUAAUUCUGGCAGUUCUGGACCAUCGCUGCAGCCAUUGGCGGAGGAUAAGCUGAUUCUCAGCGAUGAUGAUAUUGAGGAUUGA